GCUCUCCCUCCCCACCUCCCGACCCUGCCGCUGCAGCGCGCCCUCCCUCCGAGGGGCCGAGUCAGGAGCGUGACGCAGGAGUGGGCCCGUCCUGGACGCCCAGCCUCGGGGCGCAGGACCCACCAGCGGCGCAGUGCUCCGCUCGGCUGCGCGCCCAGUCGGUCCCCGUGGCACCCGCUGCGCGCAUCCCAGCCAACGGCCUUCCAGCUCACCACGCUGCCCAGCGGGAGGGAAAAUGGGCACCGGGGAUUUCAUUUGCAUCUCCAUGACUGGAGGGGCGCCCUGGGGGUUCCGGCUGCAGGGCGGCAAGGAGCAGAAGCAACCUCUCCAAGUGGCAAAGCUCGCAGCUGUGCGUGGCCGUGGCGCUGUGGGCUGCCCUGUGCCUCUGCGAUCUCCUUGGUAUGCAGACUUCCAUGUGCCCUGGGCCCUCGCACCUGUCAGGGACGUUAUGACUCCAGGAACCUUUCCAAAGUGGCUACCAGGAAUGCUUUUUACUUUUAUGAUUCGAAGUCAGAGCAAAGCCUCCGGGGCUGGUCUGUGUGAGGGGGACGAGGUGGUGUCCAUCAAUGGCAGCGCGUGUGCGGACCUCACCUACCCUGAGGUCAUCCAGCUCAUGGAGAGCAUCACAGACUCCCUGCAGAUGCUCAUCAGAAGACCGUCCGGAGCAAGUGAGGCUUUGCUUUCUGAGUCUGAGAACAAAAUCCGUGAGCAACUCACACUCGAGGGGCACGUGGAAAGUACCACUCUGCAGAUUCCUCCCGCCGCCGGGCCCCAGGGUAGAGAGCAGAGCCGGGCCCUGGCACCUGCAGACGGAGGGGCGGCGGCCCGCGGGCGCACGGUGGAGCUGCGGCUGAGCCUCCGUCCCCCGGGAGAGUCGCCCUCCCUGGCCCCGACCCCGGGCGUCGGGGGAGGUCAGCGGCCGCAGGCUCAGUCCCCCGGCCCCUCCCCGGCCCCCUCCCGGAGUCCCUCCCCAGAUCCCAUCCCCAUCCCGGGGGACGAGCAGUGGCCGCAGACUCCGCCCCCCGGCCCCUCCCCUGUCCCCGCCCCAGCCCCCUCGCCCACCCCGGGGGACGGGCAGUGGCCGCAGACCCCGCCCCCGGGGCUCCAAACCGCGCUCCCCGACCGAGCCGCGCCGCCGCCGGCAGACGCUCCGCGCCCGGGACCCGACCGCAGCCGCCCGCACCGGCACCGCGCGCGGCACGCGCGGCUCAGGAGGAGUGAGAGCCUGUCGGAAAAGCAGGUGAAAGAAGCCAAGUCCAAAUGCAAGAGUAUCGCUCUGCUGCUCACGGAGGCCCCCAACCCCAGCUCCAAGGGGGUGCUGAUGUUUAAGAAGCGCCGGCGCAGGGCCAGAAAGUACACCCUGGUCAGCUACGGCACUGGAGAGCUCGAGAGGGAGGCAGGCGAGGAGGAGGAGGAGGAGGAGGAGGGCUGCAGGGAGCACGCGUGUGAGCUCGCAUUUCUCCACACCAGUGAGUCGGAGGCAGACGAGGACCUGCCGUCUGACACUGACCACAGCGGGCAGGCUGUGAGCUUUGACUGGGACUCUGGACUGGUGGACAUUGAGAAGAAGCUGGAGAGCGGGGGUAAGAUGGAGAUGUUGCCGGACACCACGGGCAAGGGAGCCCUUAUGUUUGCCAAGAGGAGGGAGAGAAUGGAUCAGAUCACAGCCCAGAAGGAGGAGGGGAGGGCCAGUGGGCUGCCAGGGAGAGAAGCCGAGGCUGCCCACACAGACGGCCUCAGAGCCACGGCUUCCUACCAAAGCAAGGCAGAGGAGUCCGUGAGGGUGCAGAGCUCGGUGAGCCGGAGCUACAUCCAGCUGGGCCAGGGUCCUAGACACGCGCCCCAGCAGAACGGCCUCGGUGGGGUCUCCGUGGCAGUCGAGGCCCACAGGACGACCCCCAUGAACAGAACCGCCAAGCCCUUCCCCGGGCCUGGGAACCCACCAGCAGCCCCCUUCUCUCCCACCCGGAGCGUGACAAGUCCCAUCUCUGAUUUCCCGGCACCUCCACCUUACUCUGCGGUCACUCCUCCCCCGGACACUUUCUCCAGAGGGGUGUCAAGUCCUGUGGCCAGCCCGGCACAGCCCCCUCCCUGGCCUCAGCCUGCCCCGUGGACCCAGCCCGCCUUUUACGACUCUUCUGAGCGAAUAGCUUCCCGGGAUGAGAGGAUCGCAGUGCCCGCGAAGAGAACAGGAAUACUUCAGGAAGCCAAGAGGAGAAGCACCACCAAGCCCAUGUUCACCUUCAAAGAGCCCAAAGUAAGCCCGAACCCUGAACUCCUGUCCCUGCUUCAGAAUGCAGAGGGCAAACGGGGCACUGGAGGCGACUCUGGGCCCGAGGAGGACUACCUCAGCCUGGGCGCAGAGGCCUGCAAUUUCAUGCAGAGCCCCUCUGCUAAACAGAAGACCCCGCCUCCUGUGGCCCCCAAGCCAGCGGUCAAGUCCUCCUCCCAGCCAGUGACCCCAGUUUCUCCAGUCUGGGCUCCAGGAGCGGCUUCGACCCAACCUCCGGCCUUCCCUGCAUCCAACCCACCACAGGGCACCGUCGUCUCCUCCAUCCAAAUAGCCCAGCCCUCCUACGGCCCUGCCCGGCCCGCGAGCGCACUGAACCUGGCAGGUCCCUUCAAAGGACCACAGGCAGCAGUGGCCAGUCAGAAUUACACACCAAAGCCAGCAGCACCAGCACCCGCGGGUGGUGCUGCCCACACUGGUGCCGCGGGACCAUCCACCGAGCUGCCCGGGAUGAGCGGGAAGGGGGCCCAGCUCUUCGCCAAAAGGCAGUCGAGAAUGGAGAAGUACGUGGUGGACGCCGACACCGUGCAGGCCCACGCAGCCCGGGCACAGUCGCCCACGCCGUCCCUCCCAGCCGGCUGGAAGUACUCCUCCAACAUCCGCGCGCCGCCUCCGGUGGCCUACAAUCCCAUCCACUCCCCCUCCUACCCGCUGGCUGCUCUCAAGUCUCAGCCGUCAGCCCCACAGGCUUCCAGAGUGGGCAAGAAAAAGGGCAAGAAGCCCCUCAACGCCUUGGAUGUCAUGAAGCACCAGCCGUAUCAGCUCAAUGCGGCCCUGUUCACCUUCCAGCCUCCAGGUGCCAAGGAUGGCCUCCCGCAGAAGCCACCAGUCAAGGCCAGCCCCGGCCCUGUCCUGAACCAGGCUCCGCCUCCCCGGCCGGUCCCCUUGGGCUCCCCCAGGGCCGCUCAGGCUCCCUCAGUGUGCUCGCUGCCGGCCUACACCUCCCAGCCCUGCCGCUCUGCAGAGCCUGCCUCACCAGCCAGCGCGUCCCCAGUGCCUGUGGCUGUCCCCGCCUCUCCUAGGCAGGAGCCGGCCUCCUUGUCUUAUUUUGUGGCGCCAAGGCCCAAGUUCUCGGCCAAGAAAAGUGGAGUUGCUGUGCAGGCCAGUGGGCGUGCCUUUUCUCUCCCUGGAAGACCAGCCCCACCUGCCUUGUCCACAGCACCUUCUUGGCCACGGCAGCCUGCCUUCAGUUACCCUUGCCAAACCCCCGAUGGGCUGCAGAGAGCAAGCAAGAGACCAACACCUUGGGAGGCCGCAGCCCAGUCUCCUCUGGGGCUAGUGGAUGAUGCCUUCAGGCCCAGGAACAUCCAGGAGUCCGUGGUGUUCCACGUGGUCUCAGCAGCCCGGAGGAAGAUGCUUCCCGGGUCCCCAGAGGGCUGGAGAGAGAGGCUGCUGCACACCCAGCAGGCUCACGUGGGUGUGUCUGGAAGACAGGAGUGCCAGGUUGCCUCCCUAGCCAGUAGCAGCACGUCCGCCAGCUCCUGGUGUGGCCCUCAGGCACCAUACGCAUGUAGGCAGGUGUCCAGGGACGACUUCGAGACACCAACCCUGGAGACCAGCUCUGACUACUGCCUCCCAGCAACGGGCUGCAACUACAACCCGCAGCCGCGGGCGUGGAGACGGCAGUGGGAGUAGAGGGACCGACCACCUGGCAGCCACCAGCUGUGUGGAAGGCUCGCCCAGGGGGUCCUCUGCUGUCCGGCAGGGCUGGUUCUCUCUGGCCCUGUUGGCGCUCGUGGCCAUUUUCUGAGCUGGUGCAUGUCUGUGGACUCACUGUGUGACUCACUUCACUCUGCUGACGCAUGGGAAUUUCACGGAAGAAAAAGUCAAAUUUCCACGAUGUUCUGGACUCACACAUCACUCAAAAUCUUAAUUCUGUUGACAGGGGCAGUCUAUGCAAGCCAACUGCCCAGAGAAGGGGAAACAAGGCUUCCCUCCAAGUGCCUUAGUCCAGGAAGGAAUUGGCCUACGUGUGCUGAUCGUCGCCAGCCGAAGUAGCAAGGGAAACCAUGUGGGAGAUCGUCACAAAAAGAAGCCAGAGCAAUGGCUGCAGGAAGAGGUUCUCCUUGGUGUCCUCAAUAUUUCCUUAGUCUUGCUCUGAAACAUCUUUAAGUCUAACAAGAUUCAGAUUUUUUACAAGAUUGACAGGUUUUGUUCUCAGAAAGAGGCGCAUAAGAACAAGGCUUUGCAAGUCUCAGGUGGGCGUUCGAGUGCAGGGUAUGACAUGGGGAACAGAAAGACCGGGAGGUGGACUGGGUUCUUGUCUGCUUGAGCCUGGCAGCCUGGCAGGACCGAGCCCGGGUUCAGUCGUCCUCACAGGUCAGUGAGAAGGCUGCAAUCCUCUUGAGGCCCCUGCUGGCUCUGAGGCCGGGAGUGUCCCUCUAGUGCAGCUCCUGAGGUGCACUGCCCACCCGUACAGGCCGCAUUCAGGAGUGGGGAGCGACCGUGGUCACUGUGUGUGUCCUCAAAGAUCCAGCAGGAAUCUCCGGCAGCAAGUUUUGUGUCACGUGUGAGGUGGAACGAGGGUCGAUGUGUGGAAGAGAACCGUGAACGGGGUCAAGGAAGUGCAGAGAAAGGUGCUGGUGUGCAGCUGAGCGGCACCGGCCAACGUGGAGACAGAACAGGCCACAGAGGGCGCACAGUGGUGCUCAGAGGGCACACAGUGGUGCUCAGAGGGCGCACAGUGGUGCUUCUUGGGGAAGUGGCCCCUGGACCUUCAAGGGAAGAGAGAGCGCUGAGGCAGGAACCUCGUGAGCAUGCAGGGCACAGACCCCAGGCUGCCCCUCAUUGCUGUGCCCACCGACGGCAAGGUCCAGUACUCGACAUGCUCAGCAAGCACUUAAGACCUGUGAGGUUCGCGUGGGUGCCGAGCUUGCCUGCAGCACUUUACGUCCUGUGCCAGCAGCAGGGCGGCCUCUCGUCACUGAGAGCUCCUUCACAGAAGGGAACUGACCACAAGUUCCAGGGUGCAGAGGACCCCACCCUGGAAGGAUGAAGAGAAGCUGAGAAUCGAGUCGAAUUAAGGGUGAAAGUAGCCAGAGGCUGGUCUGUCCAGUUCUGCAGAAAAGAAAAGAUGCGAGCUUCCAAAGUCUUGUUGUUAUAUAAAUUGAUAAAGAGCUGAUUCUCGCAAAGUGUAAGAAAUGAUCAUUGGCUCCCAAGAGUUUUUACAGAAUCCUAAAAAGUAACAUCUGGCGUAUGCGUUCGUAUGUUGGCAAAUUCUCCAGAACACCGCACAUAGGUCCCCACUUGGUUUGAAAUUUGUCAUGGUGGAUGAAUUGCGGGCUCUGACUGUCUUGGGGGUGAGGGACCUAAGACCUCACUCUCUGGUGCUGGGUGCUGUUUGGCUACUCCUUCCGGAAGUGCUAGCUGUUACCUCCACUGGUCGCCGCACGCCGUUGGUCGCUGAGCUCUCCAGGCUGAUGAGGAAGGCAGACUCUCCACAGGCCAGCUGAGGUGCUCUUCUCCCUGCCUGGGCCCAUCACCCAGCGGACCCUGGCAGGGGCUGCGCAGGUCUCUCUGGCAAGGACGCAUCGUCCUGUGGUCUGUCAGCAGCUGAGCUCUGAGAAGUCACCCUCGAGGACAGCACUGCAGGGCCCACCGCGUGGAGAGCUGCCUCUGUGCCCUGGAAGCACCGAGUGGCGGGUUCACCUCCAACCCCAGGGUCGAGGUGCCUCUGCCCAUCCGAGGUCCCAUUCUCCAGGGGAGAAUUUAGGUUGUCAUUUUCUCAUAGAAGUGGGACGAGUUGUCCCCAAACAAGGGUGUCCGUGGAGAAAACCGCAGCCUAGGAAGGCAGAGCACAGAGCCACUGCCUGCAAGUAGCGCUCGUCGGUGGAGACGGGUGGUCUGUGCGCUGCACACCUUCUCUGAGGGAAGUCGCUACGGCCACAGAGACCCCCGGCAUGGCCUCCACCUGGCGUCUGGGCAGCGUCCCUGCGUGUGCCCAGCGUCAGGCAGUGGGCUAGCUUUGCCUCGGACGCAGAGCUAUGCCCACACAGCCUCCAGCCUCUCAUCCCCCAUGGGCCUCCAGUGCUCGGCACCAUCACCGCAUGGGAAAGUCACCCACCCUGUCAGUGCGGACCUUGGCUCACAGCUUAAACUUCAGACAAAAGCAUAUCAAACAGCCUUAGUAUGGCAAACAGAAUCAUGGGGAUGUUUGUUUUUUAAGAUUUCCACACUUGAUUUCUAUUCAAAGUAGAUGACACUAUUCACGCUUUUCUAUUAAAAAAUAAAGAUGUGUUAUUCUGCUGAUGAGAUUGUUUACCCCAAAAAGCUGUACUUGAGAGAUGCACACUGAAAAUCAAACCUAGCAAUAAACACAACUUGAAAAUGAAGACAAGGAGUCUUCCCCCUUUUCCUUUUAAAACUGCUUUGAAUCCCUGUUUAUUCAGGCAAUCACUCCCGGCUGUGAAGCAGAGUUGAAUUUCUUUUUCCAUAAUGGCUUCCAGGCACAGCAAAGGGGUUCAUGCUGCCUGCCCACAUUUGAACAGUGGAAGGGAGAGUCACUAGUGCUGAGGAGCCUUUGUGCAGACAUGGCCACAGGCAAGGACACUGCAGGUGGCCUGCAGGGGAGACUGGAGCCUUUCCAGGCAGCGCAGCCUGCGGGUGAGUGGGAACUCACCAGAGGUAGCCUGGGACGUGGGUGUCCGGCUGAGCAGCCCAGUGGGCCAGGGUGGUGGGCUGCCUUUCGGGUGGAGGCUGCUGAGGGACCUGGCCAGUUGUGCAGGCUGGGCAGGUGCAGGAGCCCCUGAAGCGGGUCGGGCACAGCGUCCCUAUCUCUGCCAUGUUGGAAGCUCCUGUAAGACUUACGGGAUGGCGAGGCUGGGUCCCAUCACUCUGCUGUUACUCUGGGCUGCUCCUUGCUGAACAGCAUCCUGCAGCAUUUCCAGACCUGGCCGCCUCCCGGGAGCCCCUGGAAGUUCCAGCACUCAGGUGCUUCCAGCCCUCGCCCUCUGCCCCGGCCAAGCUCUGUCAAACUGAAGCCCUGUUUUAAGUAAAGUA